AUGCGUCCGACUAAUCAAGGCCUGACGGUGGGAAGCCUGCUGCUCGUCUCGCUGUGUGCCGGGGCAGCGGCCAUGUUUGAAUCCAAGCUGGACCUCCACUGGGACAUGUGGAAGAAGACACACGGUGGAGGAGCUGGGCCGCAGGGAAUUGUGGGAAAGGAACUUGAUGCUCAUCACCAUCCACAACCUGGAGGCCUCCAUGGGUCUGCACAGCUACGACCUCAGCAUGAACCACAUGGAGACUUGAGCCCAGAGGAGAUUCUCCAGUCCUUUGCCACGCUCCGUGUUCCCUCUGACCUCCAGAGGGCGCCGUCUGCUUUCGUGGGAGCAACCGGAGCCUCAGUGCCAGACAGCAUCGACUGGAGGCAGAAAGGCUGCGUCACUUCAGUCAAAAUGCAGGGUUCUUGUGGCUCCUGCUGGGCCUUCAGUGCCGCAGGGGCCCUGGAGGGCCAGUUGGCCAAGACCACAGGGAAGCUGGUGGACCUCAGCCCGCAGAACCUGGUGGACUGCUCCGGCAAGUACGGCAACUUGGGCUGCAACGGAGGCUACAUGUCCCGGGCCUUCCAGUACGUCAUCGACAACCACGGCAUCGACUCGGACGCAUCGUACCCGUACAUCGGAGUGCAACAGCAGUGCCGCUACAACCCCGCGUACCGCGCCGCCAACUGCUCCAGCUACAACUUCGUGGCCGAGGGCAGCGAGGAGGCGCUGAAGGAGGCGGUGGCCACCAUCGGACCCAUCUCCGUGGCGAUUGACGCCACGCGGCCCAGAUUUGCUUUCUUCCACAGCGGGGUGUACGACGACCCGUCCUGCACGCAGCGGGUGAACCACGGCGUGCUGGCCGUGGGCUACGGCUCGCUGAACGGACAGGACUUCUGGCUGGUGAAGAACAGCUGGGGAAAAGGCUUUGGAGACCAGGGCUUCAUCCGGAUGGUGCGCAACAAGAACAACCAGUGUGGCAUCGCUCGCUACGCCACCUACCCCAUCAUGUAGUUCCGCACCGGCCAGGGGAACUGAACUCAGUCGAAGGCGGAUUAUAAACGCCGUCUGUGUUUUUUAAGGGUUUUACUGUCAUCUUACGUUGAUUUUUAUAUUUUUUCCAAAUGUUUUAAUUGUCUUUAUCGCACAUUUUAAGCUGCAAAUAUCAGGGCUGGCUGGUUUUAAAAUACUAAGGUUUUCUACCAAAGUAAAUUUUAUGCAAUUUCAUUUUUUUUUUUUUAUUAUUUUAGACGGACAAAUCUAGCUCUGCAUCUCUAUUCAUUGUGAUGUGGAGAUGUCUUAAUGCGUAGAGACACGUGUGUGUUUGCUUACCUGUGUGUGUCUGUAUGGGUAUGGGUGUGUGUGUGUGUGUGUGUGUGUGUGUGUGUGUGUGUUUCUGGGAAAGUGUGUAAUAGAGAAGUGGCAGCAGAGGCAGUGUUUCUGUUUUCUGCGCCUCACUGACUUGGGAUCAAUAGAUCAGUUUAUUGACUGAGCCAAUUGGCGUUUCAAUAAAUAUCAAAUCUGGGAAAA